AUGGGCUUUGGGAAAUCCUCCCCCUUCCUGGCUUUCAGCAUCUUGGUCCUGUGCCAGGCAGGCAGUCUCCAGGCGACACCACUCAGGUCAGCUUUGGAGACCCUCCCCGAUCCUGGGGCACUCAGUGAGAAGGAAGGGCGCCUCCUGCUGGCCGCACUGGUGAAGGCCUAUGUCCAGAGGAAGACCAAUGAGCUGGAGCAGGAGGAGGAGCAGGAGGAGACAGAGGACUCCAGCAUCACUGCCCAGAAGAGGUCCUGUAACACCGCCACCUGUGUGACCCAUCGGCUGGCAGGCUUGCUCAGCAGAUCUGGAGGUGUGGUAAAGAGCAACUUUGUGCCCACCAACGUGGGCUCGGAAGCCUUUGGCCGGCGCCGCAGGGAACUUCAGGACUGAGCAGAGAAAUGACUCUGGGAAGAAGGUUACCAUGAAGCUAAACUCACCACUUCUGUUAAUUUCUGUUGACAACCACUUGGUGAGGAGGCACCAUGGAAGAUAUACAUGUUUGCAU